GAUCACCCUCCUCCCCUGGGGUUUUACUUUCUGUCACUGGGGAGAAGAGGAGGAAGAGAGAAAGCAGAGAGAGAGAGAGAGUGAGAGAGUGAGAGAGGGAGAGAGGGAGAGAGGGAGAGAGGGAGAGAGAGAGCUAAGGCCAGGGGCUUUGCUGGCUGCCAUUGUCGCUGUCUGUCAGGAGAAGCACCGGGGAGAAAGAGAGAGAGAGGGAAGAGAGAGGAAAAGUUCCUGCUGAGUGGGACCGCGCGUACAGUAUUCAACAGCCUCCCUAGGCUAACGGUCAGCAAUCGCAAGGGAGAGAGAGAGUUACACCAAAGGAUUUUUUAUUUAUAGCCCCUCCAACGGUGACAGUCAGUAACAACUUUUCUGAGGGGUGUGUGUGGUUGGUUAGUGAAGAUAAAGGACUAGUUAGUGAUUUUGUUUGGCCAUGCAACAGGCCUGGGAUAAGGCUCUCUUUGAAGCUCACAUCGAAGGUGUCAAGAACGGCCAAACUGGUGAAAUGACGGGGAAAAGCCAAGGAGGAUAUAUGGGAGCCAAGACGUCCAACGAACACUUCCAGAGCACCAGCGUGUCCGACGGCAAUGAUAACAAGCCCCAGCCAGUGGGUGGUGGCCCGGGCCAGCUGAGUGGUGGGGGUGGGACCCACCAGAACACACAGCUCCUCUUGACACCCGCCAGCAUCCAGCUAGCCCAGCUCCAGGCCCAGCUCACCUUCCACCGCCUUAAACUGGCCCAGAGUGCUGUGGGGGGCAAUGCAAACUCUGCAAACGCAGCCAGCAUCCUCAAUCAGGUCCUCGCCAAUGUGGCCAUGUCCCAGCCCUUCUUCAACCAGCUCCGCGCCUCGGCCAUGGUCAAUAAUACCCAAGCAGUUGGUGGUGGUUUCCACUCCAGUGCCCUAGCCUUCCAACUGCCUCCACCGCCGCCACCGCCGCCACCGCCGCCACCCCCCAACUCUGCCCUGGGGACUUUGGUAGGGGCUGGAUUCAACCAGAAUCAUGGUAAUGUGAGGCUGAACCAUUACGGAGGUGGGGGUGUUUCUGGGAACCAACAGCAGCAGCAACAGGCCAACCAGCAUGGUGGAUCAGACUACGGCAAGAAAGCUGGCUCAACAUACCCUUCAGAUACGGAUAGGCAUCUCCAGUAUGGCUUCAUAGGGGGGACGUCGGUGGCUUUGAGUGAAGCUGGAGAGGGACAAGGACAGUACGUGCCGAUCAUGACUCAGGCAAAGAGUACAAACCAAGGCUUUCAGAUUGACUUCUAUGGACAAAACGGUCAGAGUCAACAACAACAGGCUGGGUUCGGUGUUGGGAAUCAACAUGAUCAGAACAAGAACGCUUUUAAUGAGCAGCAGUGGAAAAGCCCAGCUCACAUGAGCCACAUGGGAAAAGGGUUGGACAUGGUUUCUAAUACUGCCACAGUAUGGAUGGGGACUGGGCAGCCAUUCCGUUCCAGAGAGGAACUGUACAAUCCAGAGGAGCCAACCUCUGACCCCAAGUUAAAUUCUGGCGGUGGGGGAGUUACUUCCUCGUUCGGAGCAGGAAUGGGUGGCACCAAGGGGUUUGUGGGAUACCACAAGCAGCCCCUGCAGGGGGGAGAGGAGAUCCUGUCUACAGGUGGUUCUGUACAACUCCAACCUCACCAGCUGAAUGACUUCCAUGCUGUGACGCCAUCCCACCUGCCCCACCAGUGCACCAUCUGUGAGAAGAAGGUCUAUAACCUCAAGGACUGGGACCAGCACGUGAAAGGUAAACUACACCUGCAGAACCGCUUGCUGUACUCUGAAGGCAGUGCUACAAUCACAGCCGGAGCCGUCCACUACGGUCCCGCCGGGUCGUCUGAAGGAUGCCUAAACAACGUCGGGGUGAAUAACUCCAUGGCUUACUCUUCCACCGCCAAUCAAGAUGUAUCAUCCGGAGCUAACCUACCAGCUGGAGUAAUGAGGACCUAUCCCAUGUCAGGGGCUGGAUUUACCCAACUCCCACCUGGGUCAAAGCCAUUUCCACCCAGGAAAUCAAUCACAGGACGGGUCGUCCACAUCUGCAACCUCCCCGAGGGCAGCUGCACAGAGAAUGAUGUCAUCAACCUGGGACUGCCCUUCGGGAAAGUCACCAACUACAUCCUCAUGCGCUCUACCCACCAGGCGUUUGUGGAGAUGGCGUACAUUGAGGCGGCCCAGGCUAUGGUUCAAUACUACCAGCUGACUCCAGCCACGAUCAACGAUCAGAAACUACUGAUCAGGAUGUCCAAGAGAUACAAGGAGCUUCAGCUCAAGAAACCAGGUAAAGACGUUGAUUCAAUCAUCCAGGAUAUCAACUCUCUGAGGGAAAGGGACGAGAUGCAGGAGAUUGAUCACUACAUGCCAGAGAGAGCGCGGUCCCGUAGUCCCAUCAGCCGCUCUCUGAGCCCUCGCUCCCACAGCCCCAGCUUUACCUCCUGUAGUUCAGCCCACAGCCCGCAGGGGACACCCUGCCGAGGAGGCCCGGAACGGGGCUCCUGGACCGCCAAACACAUGAGAAGGGGGGAUGAGGACAGAGAACGAGAGAGGGAAAGGGAGGAGGUUCCAUGGAGGAACGGAGGUACAGAGGAUGACGACAGGCUGAACGGGAGGAUGCAGGAUCGACGGAACAAGCCGUACCUGAAACGCUCCGACCGAGACCGGAUCAGUCCCAGAUCAGCGGACGAAAGAGGAGGAGGAAGAGGGGAGGGGAUGAGGGGGGGAAACAGGGGGGGAGACUGGUACCCCCACCCGCGGGGUAGCCCUCAGGGGAUGCCCCCCUUCCCUUCGUACAGGAACAUGGAUGAGGACUCCUACAAAACACAACACGUGUACAAGUCAGAGAAGCCCCUGAGGCCACAGUACCAGAGACAUGAGGAGAGAGUCAAGUCAAAGAGGAGGGAUGGAGGGGACUACCACAGAUCCAGACACUCAGAGUCAGAGCUGGGAGAGGAGUCUCUACCCACCAGGACAGGAGAAGACAGAAGACAGAGAGGAGUGUCCCCGACAUGGGGAAGGAGCGAGAAACCCACCAUGAGACACGGGACGGAGAAACCGGAAAUAGAGAUUACUGAAAAUAACGGAGAAACCGCUGAGGAUCAGCGAUCCAAAGAGAAGUCUGUUUCUCCUCAACGAAGUGGCAAGCAUGAGAGAGAAAAAGACAGCGAGGCGGAGGAGUGGGAGAGUGGGGACGACACGGAGGGUGAGUGCUGGUACCCCAAGAACAUGGAGGAGCUGGUCACAGUGGACGAGGUAGGAGAGGACGACUCCAUCAUCGAACCGGACCUCCCUGAGCUGCAGGAGCACGAGGACGGGUCAGCCUCAGACCUCCACAAGGAUCCUACGGAGGAGGAGGAGGAGGAGGAGGAGGAAGAGGAGAAGGAGGGGGAGGAGGCUCCACGAUCAACCUCCACCCCCAGUCCCAGGCCCUGCUCUGAGAAGGAGUUAGCCCAGAGAGAGGAUACCGAGUUGGGCAGAGGAGCUGGGGUAGGUGGGGUGGUGGAUCCUAUACCUACAGAGGAGAAAGAUGGGGAAAUUAGCACAAACCCCAGCCCCACAGACCAGUCACUGCCACAGCCACAGCCACAGCCACAGCUACAGUCACAGCCACAGCCACAGCCACAGCCACAGCUACCCAUCCCAGUAGCCUCAGAACAGCUCAGUUCAGAUCUGGAUGAUUUCCCCAACCCGGAGUUCAAGGCAGCCCUGGAAGAGACGUGUUUGGAAGCUGAAGUACUGAAGAGUGGAGCGCCGACGCAGGAGCUGGCGCAAACCAAUCACGCUGGUGCGUAUGAAAGCAGCAAGACCCAGGAUGUAAUACACAAGAUGGAGGAUGUGGGGAGGGAAGUAACGGUCAUGGAGCCAGACAUACAGCAGCACAAGGCUGAGACUCCUAGAGUCAUCCAGAAUUCAACACAUGUCCCACGUCCUAUAAACCUGAUAGACAUAGGGGCUCCCUCACCUUCUAGAGGGCAGGAGAAGAUUAUCAGUGAACACAGCAUCCCUCUGGGGGUGGAGUUCAUCGUGCCCAGUACGGGGUUCUACUGUAAGCUGUGUGGCCUGUUCUACACCAGCGAGGAGACAGCCAAGACCUCUCACUGUCGCAGUACUGUCCACUACAGGAACCUUCAGAAGUACCUGUCUCAGCUGGCAGAGGAGAGUUUUCUUGGUGCACUAACUGACCCCUCAGCUACAGAGUGACCUCUGACCUAUACUCAUCAUUCGGUACUGUCAAGUACCAGACUGAGUGAUCUGAGAUUGCCAAGGACCACUCAACGAAGGAGACAUGAAUAAAUGACAUAUCGGAUGGAAGUCACGGUAAAAUGCACUGGACCCGGAGAGAAGAGCGAUUGCUAAACUCAUUGCUAAAAAUCAAAUCAAACCAAAUGUUAUUAUUCACAUGCGCUGAAUACAACAGGUGUAGACUUUACCGUGAAAUGCUUACUUACGAGCCCAUUCCCAACCAUGCAGAGUUAAAAAGAAAGAAAAAUAUUUGCUAAAGAAAAUAGUAACACAACAAAAUAACAAUAACAAGGCUAUAUACAAUGUAGCAAUAUGUUUGAUUUUGUACAUAGUAUAAAAAUACUGUAGUUUAAAAAGGUUCCAGUGUUAAUAUUUGUGAAAAUGAAAACCGGUCACCAAAGAUUUGUGUUAAAAAUAUAUUUAUCUAUCUUUCCCCCUUUGAUUUAUUUGUAGUAGAGAAUAAAUGUGUUUGUUUUUCAUCACAGGAAUAAACACAGCCUUCUUUCUAGUAAUUAUUGUAGAAGUUAGAUUCUGUGAUAUAGUGAACUGAAACUCAUCCAUAUUAGUAUUUGUCCUGGUUCUGGUUACAUGUUGUUCUAUGUAGCUGUACUCCAAAUAGUACUACAAUCAUUUGAUUUAACUUUUAAUUUUAGUCUGUAAAGUGUUAGGGAUAUUACAUCCUAUGUUUUUAGAUACAAAGUGCCUUAGAACUUAUCUGCCAUUGGUAGAUGUAGAAGUAAUCCUCGGGUUGGUUUCAUUCGGAUGUUGAAUUUUGAAUGUAUAUUUCAUUACACAGUGUUUUUGUGUAUAACUGGAGGAUAGGAAGGCCUACACUUGUUAUACCUACUGUGUCUGUUCAUUGAGACAAAAUGGAAUACGGUUCCCGACAGACAUGGACAAAGACAUAUUAGUCUGAAAGAUUUGUAACUUUCAAAAUACAGAAAUCAUCCCUGUAUGAUGCAUUUUGCAUCAAUUUUGAAAGUUACAUAUCUUGACAACUUAAGUGCUGUAAAUGCUUUAGUCCCAAAAUUCUGACAAGCAGAACAUUUUGGGACUAUAUCAACAAUCGACUAAUGAAACAAAUACCUAAAUAUAUGUUUUUGUGUUGAAUUUUCCUUUAAAUUGAGAUACAGUUUUGCCAAAGUAUCGCCAUACGUUUUCUUCAGGUUUUCUUCUAUUGUGUUUUGUCCCGUAUUUGAUUUAAUUUAAAAAUACUUUGACAACUUUGUGAAUUGUAAAGUUUGUCACAAUCAGGUUCAAUAUUUUGCAAAUGUCUAAAUAAUUUAUACAGUGCCUUUAAACUGUAGAGAAACUUGAACUGGACCAUGUGUGUUAUUUAAGAGUUAAAUUAAGUGUUAAGAGUUAAAUUAAGUGUGAUUUUAAGUCAGUAUAAUAUAUUGUCGAUGCAGGGUUUGAAACUUGCUCUCUCUCUCUCUGUUUUCUACACUGUGAAUUUUGCUCCAAGUUUUAAGAUUGUGUUUAAGAUUUUGUUGAACUUUUCUUAUGGUUAUUUUCUGAUGCAAUCAUUUGAAUAAAAAUGUUAAGAGAGAAAGCUGUUUGUGUAUCAGUGGCGGAGGCUGAGGGGAGGACGGCUCAUAAUAAUGGCUGGAACGGCACAAAUGGAAUGACAUCAAACACAUGGAAAACAUGCGUUUGAUGUAUUUCAUGCCAUUCCACCUAUUCCACUCCAGCCAUUACCACGAGUCCGUCCUCCCCAAUUAAGGUGUCACCAACCUCCUGUGGUGUGUGUGUUACCAAGUUAGCAAUUUUCUCUAUUUUCUCACAUUGAAUAAUGGGAUGCAAAAUAAUGAGUUUAGUUUAUUAGACAAUUUGGAAAGCAAAACACAGUAAAAAACUAUGUGCAUAAAUAAAAUCCUUGCGGAUGAGAAAAA